AGGAAUGGGGCUUCUGGCCUCCGAUCAGGCGCUGGCGAAGGAUCCGAGGACGAAGAAGUUCGUGGAGCUGUACGCCGGAGACGAGGCGGCGUUCUUCAGGGACUUCUCGCAAGCCAUGGAGAAGCUGAGCGUUCUUGAGAUUAAAGCUGAAGGGAAAGGAGAAGUGAGGAGAAGAUGCGAUGUGUUCAAUUCAAUCAGCGCUUGAUUGAAAGAAAACAAAUAAAUAAAAAGAUUUUUCGGACUGUAAUGGCAAUGGCAUGACACAUCUCCAUAAAUGAUUAUUAUUCUUUUUAUAAAAUUGAUCGGUUGAUUUUUUUUAAUUCGUAGAGGGGAUUUUGUUGGCCCUUUUGUUUUUGUUUUUGUGAACUCGCUGUUAAGACUUGAGAAAGGGUGAGUUUUCACUGGUGGAACAGAAUUUGAGAGGAGGAAGAAUUAAUAAAUAUAUGUUUUUGUACUUUAUUUGGUAUUUUAAUGGAGUGAAAUUUCCUUUUUUUAUUGCA